AUGUCGUUUCUGGACGACACAGCUACAGAUGUUCCGGUCAGAGACUUAAGUCCUAAUGUUCCCAGACUAACUUUAGACACUUCCAGUGGGGCGAACACUCGAGUGCGUCAGGAUGUGCAGCGAAUGUCCCGAGAGGAGCUGGAGGACAAGUUCCUGCGCCUCAACGACGAGAAUCUCAACCUCAAACAGCACAUCAAUAACCAGGAUGACAAAAUCAAGAAACUGGCCACAAAGCUGAUGCGUUUGGUAAAGGAUCGCAGUCGCCUGGAGAAGCUGUCCAUGGGAGCCCCCCCGCACCUCGGGGCCAGAGUGCGGGAUGUGGGCAUGGAGGAGCUGAUUGAGGAGCUCCAGGAAAACAUCCGCAGUCUGCAGAACGAGAACGAAGGCCUGAAACAGCGUCUUCGUGUGGCCAAGCAGCAGAUCAUCCAGCAGCAGGGCAGAAGGGCCGCCCCAUACAGCCACAUCCACUCACGCAUCAACUCUGGAAUGAGGAAGCUCAGAGACUCACCCUCACCCCCGCCCCUGAGACCCAAAAGCGCAAGGAGUUUGGAGGGAGCAGGGAGACCUCCGACCGGUCAGCUGCCCCGAUACGGACACAGUCUAUUGGAGGAGGCGAGGGCCGAGAUACGCAACCUUUGUUUGUACUUUAGAGAGAAUGUGAUCGAGUCACAGAGAAGCCACAUAGAGGAGCUGCAGGAAGACGUUCAGCUGCUCAGAGAUGAACGGAAGAAGAAUGAGGCGGAGUUUGAGGAGAGACUUUUGGAGGCGAGACAGCAGCAGGCGUCCAGCCUCCGCACGCACGUUGGCAGCAACGUGAACAUGAUCAAACUGCAGAAGCAACUGUCGGAGCGCGCCAACGUCGUCACAGAGCUGGAGGGGAGGUUCCUGCAGCUGAAAGAGAGUCAGCAGAGGUUGAAGGCCAGUCAUGACUCGGCUCUUUCCAAAGUGGAGUCUGUGUCUGUGGAGCUGAAGCAGGAGCGACUCCGGAGUAUGGAGCUGGAGGAGAAGCUCCGUAGCUCAGCUGUGGCCAGUAGCACUCUGCGCCAGCUGCAAGAACAGAUCUCCGAGCUCGAACAGGAAAAGGACCUUCUGAAGGAGAACAACAACAAACUUCUCAACAGUGCCUUUGAUGUGUCGCAGCAGCAGAGAUGGCAGAUCCAGGAGCGGAAGUUACAGCUGCAGAUCUCACAGCUGGAGACAGCGCUUCAGGCCGACCUUGUGGACAAGAACCAGAUCCUGGACAAAGUCAAAGCCGAGAGAGAAACCAACGAGAAGCUGAUGGAGGAGAAUCAAAAACUGCACGUUCAGUUCUUGGAGCAGAAGCAGCAGCUGGACGAGAUGAAAGACAAACUGAAAGUGUACAGCAAAGACAGUGACUAUGAUGUAUCUGAACUGACUGAAGCGCUCCUCCUGGUUAAAAGGCAGAAGACUCAGAGGAGCGGGGAGCUAGGGUUCCUUUCUGCUGUUGGGGAUGAGCUGAAAAUGGACAGUGCGGUGAAGGAGCUCAAGGCGGCGCAUGCAGAAACCAUCCAGGAGCUGGAGAAAACACGGAGUCUGCUGAGUGUGGAGAACCAGAUCUGCAGGGGAUACAAGGCGGAGCUGGAUACAGUGACUUCAAAGCUGAAAACUGAGCAGUUGGAUUUGGAGCAUCGUCUAGAGAAUCAGGCAAAACUUCUGGACUCGAGAGCCGCAAGAAUAAAGAAACUCGAAGCUCAGCUCAAAGACAUUGCUUAUGGCACAAAGGCGUACGUGUUUAAACCGGAAGAAGACGAUGCGGCGGAUGGGUUUAACAACAGCAUUCUUCUGGAGCGCGGGGAGAAUGUCCUGGAGCUCCAGAUCACCAGCGUGACCCUGUCCUCCUCCGCUCUGCAGUCCCUGUCCGACGCCGAGCCCACCACUUUCUGCACUUACCAGCUUCACCAUUUUGAGCUGCACUCCACGCCUGUUGUGAGUGGCCUCUGCCCACGCUACGGCUUCACCUCGCAAUAUGUGGUGCGCGUGGAGCGGGCCUUUGUGGACUACCUAUGCCGGGGCGUGAUCACUGUGGAGCUGCACCAGGCCAAGGGACUGGACUGGUCCACUCUGGCUUCAGGGCAGAUACGACUGCAGCCACUGAUGGAGCGGGAGGGGAAAGUGCACGGGAGCAUUCCGCUGAUCGGAGCGUCCGAGGAGGUGCGCUCCUUCGGCUCUCUGGAUUACUGGUUCAGGCUGCGGAUCCCGAUGAGACAGACUCUGCUCCUGUACCAAGAGAAGCUGAAGGCCAUGGACUACGUCAGCCCCAGCUCAGACCCUUCUCCACUGCCGGUGCUCUCGGAUGCCUGGAAUGAGCUGUGCGUGUCCGUCCACAGCUGCAGGGGCCUUAGAUCCAGGAGUUCCGCCUCUCCGAGUGCGUACGUCAUCUACCGCUUCAACAACUCGCCGGACUACCCCUCCGACACUGCCCCUGACUCCACCCAACCUCAGUUCAAUGACUCCAAACUGUACGCCGUUGCCAUGGACCAGGCCCUGCACCGAUACCUCCUCUCCGCACUCAUGCAGUUCUACGUGUUCGAUGAGAAGGAGGAUCAGAUGGACGUGUAUUUGGGUAAAGCCCAAAUCCCGCUUACGGCUCUAACUCAGGAUAAAGACAUCACCGGUGAGUUUGAGCUGUACGACCCAUCCGGACUCCCCGCGGGACACAUCCAGGUGUCCCUGAAGUGGAAGUUGCCGUAUCUGCCUCCUCCUGGCUCUGAAGAGCCUGAACCGAUCCUGGGGCACCAAGCCAACAACGGUACUGAGGACCCACUGAGGCCCACAUCAGUGGAACUGACACCACCGACAGAGCCCAGAGCUGAAGACGGACCCAAGGCACUAUCAGGUCCUGGGCCUUCCACGGCCCAUCCAAAUGUGGGAGCAACUAAGGCCCCGCUGCCAAAGUUGAGACAGAGGGCACUGCUAAAAGAAGGCGCCGCUUCUAAAAAGGUCACAUUUGUUGAGGAGUCCGAUGCAGAGACACAGCUGGUCCCUGAUGCCCCCCCCCAUGAAGUGGAGGAAGAGGAGGUGUCUCACUUCUCUGAGGGACAGCUCCUGGCCUCCAGCUCCCAGUCCGAUGACUCGGAUCAGAUCUCCGACCACAUCCAGGAUGUGCAGAACGUCCCAAAAGAGGAUCAGAGCCAAUCGACCGACAGCGACGACUGCAUUGUACAAGCGCAGCCCACCGGGAGGAAGGUGGCUGAUCGUCUGCGGGUGGAGGUGGUGUCUUUGUCUCUGUGGCCGGACUCCAGAGUGUCACAGGACCCAUCAGUGGUGCGGCUCUAUGUGGAGUACAGUUUGCUGGAUGUGCCCACGGUGGAGACCCCUGUGUCCCUGCCCAAACCCCCACAGGGACACAGUGUCAGCUUCAACUACAGCAAAGUGAUUCCAGUUGACCCAGAGAACCAUAGCGAGAGGAGGCGUCUGCUCAGAAGUGUCCUCCAGGGAAAGAGACCUGAGAUGGAAAUGAUCCGCUUCACGGUGGUGAGCGAGCCGCUGGAGGAGGAGCAGCAGGAGCGCGAGUGCGAAGACGUGGGCGUGGCCUUUUUAAAAAUCCCAGAAAUCCUCCAGAAGAAACGCGACCUCCAUGAAGCGCCUCUGAACGUGCUGGAUGCAGAGGACCAGAGCGCGGUGAUCGGGGUCCUCACGGUGUCUGUGGAGGGAAAGAAGAACAACAACCCCGCAUACCCAGAUUACACUCCGUCCAUUUUCCCGCAAGCAGUGCUGAAGGAAUUGACUAAGAGUACCACACUUGAUCGCUUCAAGAGAGCACAGAAAAGAAAAGCACCAUCCACUACUCUAGUAUCACGAAAGGAAAGGAAGUGCCAGAGGAUCCUGAUAAUAAAAAACUCCAGGGAACGAGAGCAGAAAAAACAAUGUCAGAUCAGAAAAGUGAAUAAGAGUGGACCACAAUCAAUUAGGCAAUCAGCUCUCAGCCCAAAACUCUACCUGGAGGUGUGGCGUUUAGGGGAUGUGGAGAAGCGGCCGCUCGGUGGGUGUCAGUCCCAGCUGCUGCAGAGACAGGCUUCAACAGACUCUGCUGCUUCAGUGGGCGUCAUGAGUCUGGACGAUGACGCGCGCUGGCUGGAGUGGGUCACCAAGCAGUUUGAGAGUAUUGCGGGGGAAGACAAGGAGAUUGACCUGGACGAGUUUAAAACCGCGCUCAAGGUCAAAGAGUCUUUCUUCGCUGAGCGGUUCUUCGCACUCUUCGACUCUGACGGCAGUAAAACCAUCAGUCUGAACGAACUGCUGGAGGCACUGGAGCUGCUAAUCCAUGGCACAGAGACUGACAAACUACGCUUCCUCUUCCAGGUCUACGACGUGGACGGCAGCGGUUCAAUUGACCCUGAUGAACUGCGCACUGUGUUGAAGUCAUGUUUGCGGGAGAGUGCCAUCUCUCUGCCAGAAGAAAAGCUGGACGAUUUAACGCUGGCCCUGUUUGAGUCUGCGGACAAAGACAACAGCGGCGCCAUCACCUUCGAGGAGCUGAAGGCCGAACUGGAGACGUUCCCCGAGGUCAUGGAGAACCUCACCAUCAGCGCGGCAAACUGGCUGAAGCCUCCGGAGGUGGACCAGAAGAAGCGGCAGACGCCCCGGUACCUGACGGCCUCGUACUGGCAGAAUAACAGCCGCAAACUGCUGUUCCUGAUGGGGUACUCUCUGCUGAGCCUGGGCCUGUUCAGCUCGGCCAUGUGGAGGAGUCGUGAGGGGGGGCCCUGGUACAUGCUGGCCCGAGGUUGUGGCCAGUGCCUCAACUUCAACUGCACCCUCAUCCUGGUGCUGAUGCUGCGUCGCUGUCUCACCUGGCUCAGAGCAACGUGGCUGGUGAAAGUGCUGCCUCUGGACCAGAGCGUGCUGCUGCAUCAGAUCGUGGGCUAUGCCAUCCUGUCCUACACACUGUUGCACACUUGCGCACACCUCUUCAACUUUGCUAAACUGUCGGAGUCUGGGAAGUUCCUGUUCUGGGAGUAUGUGUUCACGACUCGUCCAGGGAUUGGCUGGGUCAAAGGCACGGCGUCGCUGACCGGAGUCGUGCUGCAGGCGCUUAUCUUCCUCAUGGUCGUCUGCUCCAUGACCUUUGUGCGCCGCAGUGGGCACUUUGAGGUGUUUUACUGGUCUCACCUCUCGUACAUCUGGGUCUGGACUCUGCUGGUGAUCCACUGUGCAAACUUCUGGAAGUGGUUUGUGGUCCCCGGAGUUGUCUUUCUGCUGGAGAAGAUCAUUGGCAUGGCUCGCUCUCGGAUGGGAAGCCUCUACAUCGCCGAAGUCAACCUGCUGCCGUCCAAGGUGACUCAUUUGGUCAUUCACCGUCCACAGUUUUUCCAGUUCAAACCCGGUGAUUACGUUUAUAUCAACAUCCCGGCCAUCGCUAAAUACGAGUGGCACCCCUUCACCAUCAGUAGUGCCCCGGAGCAGUCAGACACUCUGUGGCUGCAUGUGCGCUCCAUGGGCCAGUGGACCAACCGUCUGUACGAAUACUUCAGACAACCAGAGCUUCAGGACAGCCCCAAGAGACUGAGCACCAGCCUGAAGAAGAAGAGGGGGGACUCCACAACACAGGAGACCCUCUUCAGCUCCACAGAGUGUCUGGGAGCUGUGGCAUCAAAUGAAGACCAGGCGGUGGAGCUCACCAUGUACCGGCCAAACAGAACCGGGUCUCAGCCAGAGGAGAACGGGCAAAAACUGGUCCAGAGUCCAGAGACCAAGACGAAACCACAGGAGAGUCUGGGGGAGACCACACCCAGACCCAACAAGAGUCCAGAGAGUGGCGUCAGUCCAGACACAAGAGGCCUGGAGCUGCUGGUUCAGACAGAGAGAGGAGAGGCACUCAACUACAAAGAUGUCCCGUCCAGGUUUGGGGAAAACCACAGAUUCUGCAACAUCAAGUGCUACGUAGAUGGGCCGUACGGGACACCCACCAGACAGAUAUUUGCCUCUGAACACGCUGUGCUCAUCGGGGCGGGGAUCGGAAUCACACCAUUUGCCUCCAUCCUCCAGAGCAUCAUGUACAGGUAUCGUUUGAGGAAACAGAACUGCCCUAACUGCAGCUACUCGUGGUGCGAGAACAUCAAGGACGGGGACAUGAAACUGAGAAAAGUGGACUUCAUUUGGAUAAACAGAGACCAGAAGUCUUUUGAGUGGUUCGUAAGUUUACUCACCAAACUGGAGAUGGACCAGGCCGACGAGGAGCCUGAAGGGCGUUUCCUGGAGAUGCACAUGUACAUGACGUCAGCGCUCAGUAAGAAUGACAUGAAGGCCAUCGGGCUGCAGAUGGCGCUAGAUCUCCUCGCCAAAAAGGAGAAGAGGGACUCCAUCACAGGGCUGAGGACCAGAACGCAGCCAGGACGUCCCAACUGGGCCAAGGUGUUCCACAAAGUGUCUGAGGAGAAGAAGGGAAAAGUGCACGUGUUCUACUGUGGCUCUCCGGCUCUGGCCAAAGUCAUCAAGGCCGAGUGCGAAAACUUCGGCUUCCACUUCUACAAAGAGAACUUCUGA